ACCCAUCGUUUUGUCGCCGAAGGUUUUAGACACCCGCCGUCUCUUUCAUUUCAUCUCUAUUUUCUCCGUCGGCCCCUAAAGAUUUCUAUCAAAUUUCGAUCCAUUCAAGUCGCCGUCGACAGCCCGACUUCACUCUUCUCUCCGUCGUCUUUCACUGUCGAGCCACCGCUGCAUUACUUUUCCGGCCGUUUUGCAGGAAGGUCCUCAAGAGGUCAGCGGUAAGCGUUGCUUGUUAGAGUUUGACAGAGAUGAAAACGGUGGUGGGGAUGGUGGUUUCCAAUAAGAUGCAGAAAUCAGUGGUGGUGGCAGUGGACAGGCUGUUCCAUCACAAGCUCUACAACCGAUAUGUGAAGAGGACCUCCAAGUUCAUGGCCCAUGACGAGCACAAUCACUGCAACAUUGGCGACCGAGUUCGAUUGGAUCCCUCGAGGCCUCUGAGCAAGCGCAAGCAUUGGGUUGUGGCUGAAAUCCUCACCAAAGCACGCAUCUACCAGCCUCCUGUACCAUCAGAUUCACCUUCAGCUUCAAUUCAGUCUAAUUCCUAAGGUGAAAAUUUUGAUGACCGUCCUAGAGUUUGACAAGACGUUAGAUUUAGCCAAAUCCAAGUUCCCGGUAUUUUUUGAGUAUUUUGUUUGUAUGGGUGAAUGUUUUCUCUUACAAUCCAGAACCUAAUCGUGUACUGAAUUUUCAAACCAGAUACUCUGGAUAAAUCCCAUAAUUGCAAUCAAUGUUCAUUAAGAGAA